UGCUAAAGUAAACAACAGAAACUAAUCUACAAAGUGCCAAACACCCGGGCCAUAACAGAUUUCGAGAAUGUCAGACGGGUUAUUCAGUAAGAAAAAAGAAAAUUCAUUUGAAAAUUCAGUAGUAUAUAAAGAACCAACGUCCCGAUCUUUGUUGAGACGCUAUAUGUUGGCUGUUGCAGUGUCCUGUCUCGUUGCAAUUGGCGUCUUGAAGGCGGUUAUAUCAUCUCGUUCGAAUGAUAUCGUAUAUCCGGACAAAGGUUUGAUCCUUAGUAAUGGUACGAACUCAUUCCUUCCUACGGUUAUCAUGAUUUCUUUGGAUGGAUUUCGAGCAGACUAUAUAUAUCGAGGUCAUACACCCAAUUUACUUCGACUGGCUGAAAACAAUGCUCAUGCACCAUAUAUGAUACCUGUCUUUCCCAGCAUAACUUUUCCGAAUCACUACUCUCUAGCUACUGGACUUUACCCCGAAAACCAUGGUAUGGUCAGUAACAACUUUUAUGAUCCUAUCACUGGAAAGUAUUUCGUAAACACUCGUCCUGAAUGCAAUCGGGAUCCCGUUUGGUGGACACAAGCAGAACCAAUUUGGAUUAAUGCUGAACGGCAUUCAGUUCGCUCAGCUGUUCAUAUGUGGCCAGGAAACGAAGUUCCUCAUCAUGGAAUACGUCCCUCUUAUUACACGUCUUUCAAUGCUAGUGCAACCCUGAAAGCAAAAAAAAAUGAACUUCUUCAUUGGCUUGAUCACACAGAUGAUACACGACCGCAAUUGCUUAUGUGUUACGUGCCUCACGUCGAUUCAGUUGGACAUACUUUCGGACCGGAUUCACCACAGCUAAAUCUGAUGCUAAAGGAAGUUGACCAGAUGGUUGGUGAUUUGCUUGAAGGUCUCAAUAAAAGAAACUUGCAAGACGUUGUUAACCUUAUAUUCGUGAGUGAUCAUGGGAUGGCCCCUACAUCAAAUGAUCGCUUGCUUUGGUUAGAUGAUCUUUUCAACGUUUCAAAAGUUGAAUUCAGAGAUGGCUGGCCUUUAGCUGGUUUUCGAGGCGAGUCGGAAUCCGACGAAACCUAUAUUGCUGAUAGUUUGAAAAAUGCAACUUCCAAAGCGUUGCCGGGAACUAAACACUGGAAAUCAUCAAGGAAAGAAGAAAUGCCGGAUAGCUUACAUUAUUCAAAGAAUAAUAGAAUUGCUCCUGUCUGGAUGGUGCCCGAUCCUGGUUGGUCAAUCGUCUCCUCUUUAGACCAUUCUCCUGAUGUUGAGUAUGAGCCAUAUGGAGUUCAUGGCUACGACAAUAAUUCCCCCUUAAUGAGAGCUAUAUUCACCGCAUUUGGUCCAGCCUUUAAGCCUUUCAAAUCAAAACAAUUAAUGCCUUUCCGUAAUGUUGAAGUUUACGACAUUAUUUCUUAUAUAUUAAACUUACCCGCAAACUCUACUAAUAGUUCAUUUCACGGUGCCAUACCCACCAAGAAAUCCUCUAAUUCUACGAAAGAAUGGUUACUUCACGACAUCCGACAAGCUUACGAUGAGCUCAAAGUUCACUAAUUAAACGAACAAAUAAUUAUAAUGGUUUCAUUUUCUUUAAACGACUAAGGUUCUUUAAUAUUCUCUGUCAGAAAUACAUGAUCAUAAUUUCGCAUUUAAUUUUUCGUCGUCCAUCCAUGCGAAGCUCUAUAGCAAAGUUAGUACCGGUUCAUUCACUUUAGGUCAAUCAUACCAAUAUUUUAUCCAUCUCUGGAUCUACCAUAACAUUAAUCAAGCACGUAGUCUUCCGUUCCCAAGAACUUUGAAUAGCACUUUUCAACUCAUGAGCAUUCGUAACAAAGUAGCCUGCUCCACCGCAUGCUUCACAAAUUAGAUCAUAUCGUACUGCUGGAGAAAGCGCUGUCGUUGGAAGCUUAUGGUGACUUUUAAGUUUCUUAAAAUUUGAUUCAUCCAAACCGUGAUAUACACCAUUAUUGUUAAUUACAAUAAUUAAAAUAUCCAGGUUGCUUCGGACUGCAGUUUCUAGUUCCAUUGCACUGAAUCCGAAAGCACUGUCGCCUUCUACAGCAACAGUUUUAUUCGCAGGAUUGGCUAUAGACGCCGCGAUCGAGUAGCUAAGACCAACACCCAUAGUAGCCAUCGUUCCGCUGUCUAGUCUGCCACGCGGAUGAGUUACUUCUAGAAUUCUACGACCCUUGUCCAAAGUGUUUGCUCCUUCAGAAACCCAGGUUACAUUUCUCUGUGUUUCUUUCACCAGAGAUUGGAUACAGUCGUUUAUGGUAAAUAAAGUAGCUUCCAUAUGCAAAGGCAUAUCUUUAUUUGGUGAAUGCGAUUCUUUAGACUCAUUUUUUUUGCGGUGUUUUUGAAGCAUAGUAAGGUAGGAAGAUUGUUCAUAGCGAUAGUUACAAGCUGCUAGGGAAUCUGUUAUAGCAUGUAAAGCCAAGUUAAUGUCGGACCAAAUACCCAAGGAAACAUCACCCCCAUUGCUACCCAAUUCUUCUGGAUUUGAGUCUAUUUGAAUGAACUUCACAUCCUUUGACCAUCUUGGAGACAAGCCAAAAUGCAGGACCCAAUUCAAUCGAGCGCCAACUAGUAAAACAACAUCAGCAUUUUUUAAAGCUGUUGACCUGGCAGACGAAAAAUUCAACCGAUGAUUUUCUGGUAAUACACCUUUACCCAUAGGAGUUGGUAAAAAUGGUAUGUGUGUUUUUUCUAUAAAAUUUGAAAGAAUCUCUUCUGCACGUGCAUAAGAAGCACCUUUACCAAUGAUAACCAAGGGUGACUUGGCACUUUUCAAGAAGUGUAUAGCUUUCUGGACCUGAGCGGGAUUGGGACCGCACUCUAGAGAAGGAGGCACACAAGGCAUGGAUUUCCAAGAAGACUCUUGAAGUGAGGAUUGAAUAAAAUCGGCUGGAAGGUCAACAUAGCAAGGGCCAGGUGUUCCGUUCAACGAAACGUGGUACGCCCUAUGAAUUAGUUCCGGAGUCAUUGUCGCUGUAGGAGGUCGUAAAGCAAGCUUUGUGCUCGGACUCAAAUAUGUCACUUGAUCUAACUCUUGAAAUGCACCCCGGUAUCGCUGUGAUGUAGCGCUAGAACCAGCCAUAAGAAGUAAUGGCCAACGGUUAGCUGAAGCAUUGAAAACACCGGCCAAAGCAUGCACCACGCCAGGUCCGCCGACAACUAUACAAACACCUGGUGUUUUGGUCAAGUAUCCGUAAGCGGAAGCGGCGUAAGCUGCACUUUGUUCAUUACGGAAUGCGAUAAAAUGGAUUCCGACUUUUUGAAUAGCUUCACAAACUUCAAUUACAGGAAUGCCAACGAUACCAAAAACCACUUUGACAUUCAAAUCAAGUAACGUCCGGGCCACAACGUCUGGAAAAGGAACACUCAUUGGUAAAUUCGAUUCGUAUAUAAGGACUAUAAAUAUAUAUUCCAAAAUACGGAGAAUUGGUUUAAUAAAUCCAAAACAAAGAUAAGAUAUGAGGAAACUAUAUUAUUAGAGAUGAAAAAUGUAUUCCAAGAUAUGUACUGUUCGUGCUAGGGGAAGGACCUUGACAUAUGGCUGACGAACGGAAAUAUUCAAAAUAUAAAAUGAAGUUGUUGAAACAUAUCCGAAUAUUCCAUUGGUUUAAGCAAUUCAACUGCUAUACUAAAUGACCGGUUAAAUUACUGGUUAUUACGUUUGUGAAUAUUUCAAAUUUCGAAUCUCUAAUACAUUAUUAAAAAUUUACAGAAUAAGAUAUAAAUAUGAAAGAAAAGUAAUUAUAACAACAAAAAUUCAUAACUGUCUAGCUUGACCGAUAGAACAAAAACCAAAAAUUGGGUAAAGCGUAUACAGCGGUACAUACACUGAGAUUAUAAAGUAUAAUAACUUAUUUUGA